CCUAGGCUGGCGAUACAAGGUUUCCUCUCCAGAUGAUGAUGGUGAAAAAAAAAGGUCUGGUUGUGAAUCUUCUAGAAUGGAGAUGGAGCCAUUUGGUCAGAAUAAUACAGCAUCAUCAGUAUUCAGUACUACUGUACACGUCAUGUUACUUAUAGAUGAGGAAUGCCUGGGGGGCUUGGAAUUUUCAGACUCGUCAGUUGUUUGGUUUGAGACGUCCAAUUCGUGCCUGAAAAUGUCUUUUGACCUGAAAAAAAAGGAGAAUUUUCCAGUGUUUGCAGCAUAGCUGAUGUGCGUGAUGAUGUGAUCGACAUUCAACAAAACGGGUGGUUGCACGUUCUGAUUAUAUUUAUGGUUCACACGUAGGCGACAAAAGGACGAAAAUGAGGUCGCUACUCAAAACCUUCGUGAAGAAAGUAGGCGUCAGAAGUGAAAAACUGCACCGAACCAUACGACCAAUCAAAGAACCUGGGAAACAAAAACAGAACAAUUGCAAGUUCAUGUGUCUGUUCCAAGAGAAUUGGGAUCCGGGAGACAGGUGAUGAAAUUCUACUCAUACAGAAUUUGACGUAAAUAUGCAAGAUUGUGGAGCGGAACUUGCCAACUUGGUAGAAUUCUUCAGGAGGUUGGUUGAUGAGUUGUCUUGUUUGAAACUUUUUGAGUUGAAUUGUUGAACGCUUUAAAAUAGAAGUAAGCCGUCCUCCUUUUUUCAUGAGUUUAAGCAUCUUGAGUUCAAAUCCUGACUAACACGCAAUUAUCAAAUAAAAGUUUGCAGCCUAAUCCUAUUCCACGCUUAAGAUUUAGAGCGUUUCGCGUGAGAGAAUGAGUGUUGCAACAUUAGUGAAUUACCCGUCUCUACUCAUCAACUUAAGCUUUCGGGUUAAUUUGGUUAUUACAUAGGAGUAUAUUUCAAUAGACCAAUUGAAGCACAAGCAUCUCCGAACUGCUGAGUGCUGAGUGCUGACUGGAAGCAGACAAGAACUUCUCUAGAACCACCAUUUCCAUUUUCCAAUCAGAUAGGUGACCGUCGAUGUCGUCGACGACCGCGCGUCGUCGACGCAGAAAGGACCCGUAAUCCCGUAUUGUGCAGGGCGCACUUCAGAAUCGCACCUCCGGCCAAUCACCGCCGCUGUCGUUGCGUUCGCCGGCGGCGGCGAAGGGAGAAUCUCUUGUGCUUGUCGAUCUCAUCGGCGGUGGAGAACUGGAGAUCAAUCCGGGCCACGCUGACGAGACGAGGAGGAGCUCUUCGACUCUCCGUCGAGGAGCAUUGUACGACUACCUGUGGCUCCGCAUCUCGCCGUCUUCAACUCCGGCAUCGUACGUACGCCGCCGCCGCCGCCGUCUCCUCCUCGCGCAGUCUCGCCGGCCGCGAAGACGACGCACAUAUCGCGGUCGCGGCGAUGAGUGGGCCUUGGCCCAACGGCUCGAGAAAAAUAAAUGGGCCUCGCCCGCAAGCCCAUCACCUGCUCGGCCCAGUUAGAAUCUUACUCGCAAACGAGGAGGAGAAUAAUACUAAUAAUGAAGUCAAAUAGAGAAACCCACCACCUCGCUCAAUCCAAACCCCAAUUCACACGCGUUGCGGUCUCCGACGAGGGCGAGGCGGAGCUAAUCGUCAUCUAGGGCAAGGCGGAGCUAAUCGUGGGUCCGAUGGAGAAGCCGUCGCCGCCGCCGCCGGGGAAGUCGCGGCCGGAUUGCGUCAACUCGUCGAACCCGUACCACGAGUGCUCCGACUACUGCCUCCGGCAGAUCGUGAAGUCCAGGGAAGAUAAUCAUCGGUGGUCGCGCGUCCAUCCCCACUGCAUCAACGCCUCCAACCCCUACCACGCCUGCUCCAACUUCUGCUUCAGGAGGAUCAUCCACGCCAAACCCUCACCUUCAGGGUUGGAGCGUCCGGUGCAAGAGCCGCCUGCGUCCGAAGCUGUUCCUGCCCAAGCUGACGACGAUGAUGAUGCCCAAACUGACGACGACGACGAGGAGGACGCUGCCGCAGACGACGACGAUGGUUACCUGAAGAUGACAGUGACAGAGAAUCAGAAGCUAGUAUUUGAGCUUCGGGUGCGGCCAUCGACGAUUCUGCGGUUUGUGGUAGCUGCUGUGUGUGCACUCCUGGUUAUUCAUCUCCUCGGCGUAUCUCUAGUUGUCGUUGCUCACGCCCUCAUUUGAUUAGACAAAGAGAAGCAUAUAUAAUUGAGGGAAAAUAGGAAUCAAGGUCUAUUGUACAAUUUUGAUACUAUAAUUUGAUACGUAUGGUAUAGGAUGAAAUUUACUUUUCUUAUCAGCAUUUCUUAAAGAUAUGUUUGUUGUAGCAGGGGGUGACCACCGUCCCUCCAUAUUCGGCCCAAAACACUGUAGAGAGAGAUUGGGUGAGAUUGAGUCAUUAUUGUAAGUAUCCGAGUGGAAAUGACCAUUCGAACAAGGAAACGAUAAAACACUAUUCGAGUCGGAAAAUACCGUUCGAGUAAAUUCUUGUCACUAAGUCUUAUUAUCCGUUUUGAAUGUUUCCUAAGUCAGUAACAGGUCAGCUACCGGAUAAGUCGAAAAGGGUAGUCGAACUGGAAAAGACUAUUUGCCAUGGAAAAGACCCAUGGUGGUGGAAAAGACCAUCGGUCGAGGAGAAGACCCAUGGUGGUGGAAAAGACUCUUGAUCAUGAAGAAGGCGACUUAGACAACAAAGAUGCCAAGAGAAUAUUCCCGAGGACCACUCAACCACUUCAUCUAGCUGGCACCAAAAGACUAUAAUGACCUCCAUAAUAUACCAAAAUGCCCUUAGGGUUAGCUGAUAUAGCAAGGGCAUAAUUGUAAUUUCAUGUGGGCCCAACAAAGGGUGCAAGUGUAAUCUCACAUGUAAAGCUGUGAACUAUAUAAAGCAGACAAAAAGCCUGUAGCAGGCAGGAUA